GGUUAACAGUACGAGAUCUUUGCUUGAAACUGACGAUAUUUUUUUCAAGAUGGGAGGCCACAAUGAACAGAUACAUUACCAAUGAAAGUCGAAUGUUUGAAUGUAAAAUAUUUACUGAUUGUUUAAUCACAGAUACAGAACGUCUAAAUAAUAUGCUGGAGGGUCGACGGGGUUACAUUGAAUCUUGGACUAUGGCAACAUUCAUCCAAUCACUCUUAAACAAAGGGGAACUGAGUGUGAAGGAAGCUGAAUAUAGCGCAUUGUUUGUUCUCAAUCAUACAAACUUGCUGACUGAGGAUAAUGGCAUAUGCCAGGAAAGUCCUGCCAUUACAAGUCACCCAGUGUCGGAGCUUGUUACUGUAGUAGGAAAUGCUGUAGAGAUAGCCUGUCAAGCAAGUGGAGAUCCUCCACCAACGUUCAGUUGGACUUUCAAUGGCCGAAUUUUAGACAAUGAAAAUUUAAACACUCUACACAUUCAAAAAGUUUCAACAUUUGAUUCUGGAGUUUACGUGUGCCAUGCCAGUAAUGAAGUCACGUCUGUGCAGUCACUAGAAUGUAAACUCAUUGUAGAAUAUCCACCAGUUAUAACUCGACAUCCAGGAGAUAGCGACAUUGAUUAUGGAAAUCCUGAGGGUGUGUUCUUCGUAUGUAAUACUUCCUCUCUUCCUUUGGCUGACUUCAGAUGGUUUUUCCAAGAAACAUUAACAUCAAAUUUGGCCCUCAUCGAAGGUAUGAAUGACACAGGCCUUGAGUUACUGAGUCCAGGUUUUCACCAGAGCGGCUGGUACACUUGUGAAGCAUCAAACAAACAUGGAUUAAUGAUGUCUAAGCCAGCAAGACUUACGAUAUUGAACAUAACAAUGCCAGACGUUUCAAGUCCUAUGGAACUAACAUUGUUAGAAAUAGAAAAAUCCUAA